UCGGCUAGCGUGUUCUUGUACUGUUAUUAUUGAAAGAUUCGCAACCGGUGGAGGGGCAACAGUAGCCUUUCAUUUAUCAUUGCAAGUGGUGUGUUAAUCAUUGGUCCGAGCAACAGAAUGGAUGAUUCAAUUGAUGAUGAGGUGAUCUCCGGUGCUUCAACCAUCACUGUCGAGUUCAGUGGAGGAGCCGAAACGCUUUUCGGCGGUGUGAAAGAACAUAUCGUACCGUUGGAUGGUUCGAAAAUAGUAUUACUCGAGGAAAUGCUACGAUGGCUUCGGGAUCAUUUGCUUACGGGUGACGUGAAUUUGUUCCUCCAGGAUAACACGGUACGACCCGGCAUCCUCGUCAUGAUCAACGAUACCGACUGGGAUUUGAUGGGAGAAACCGAGUACAUCCUUCAACCUGGUGACCAUAUUCUCUUCAUUUCCACUCUCCAUGGCGGAUAAACAACGCAGCCAGGAAUGUUAACUGUGAUAAACUAAUUCUACUACUACUAAUACUAUUACUAAUACUGCAGAUACUACUGCUGCUAUUUCUACUCGCUACCUCCACUAAAUAGAGCAGCGAGGACGUUAAGAUCGGUUUUAGUGUUAAGAUAAAAAGGCUCACUUUCCCACGUCCUCACGGGGUUGAAGUCGCCGUUAAGCCACGUUACGUGAAAAAAAAAUCCGCUUUCUUAUGGUUGCGUAGGCGAAGAUCGAGGAAACAAAAUUAAUCCUAAAACCGCGCACCGCGAACGGUGCUGAUAACAGGCCGACGUCGUGUCGAUGUUGCGUUGACGGUAGCUCUAUCAACGAUGGCAGUCGCCAGAGGUCUCGAGUGCUCCGCCAGACGAUCGCUACUCAGAGCGGUUUUCGGUUUAUUUUUUUAACCCGCGGCUACGUGCGUGUAUACUGCAUCUUUAGCUAAUUAAUCGCAAGCGGAGUGAUGUAAGCGAGGAGCAAAAUUAACCCCAUUUGAUUUUUUAAAGCUAAGCAGACCUUACUUAUACGCGCGGUACCUCGACCGCUGCCUACGAUCAGGGUGUUUUUUAUAACCGUUUUUGUUUAUGAUAAUUAUCGUACGAGGAAAAAGAGUUACGGAAAAUAUACCAAUUUAAGCUGAUUA